UAUAACUUUAGUAUGGGUUUUAUUGUGAUCGAGACAGUACAUGUUUUUAAGCAUCUUAGAUAAAAAAAAUAUUUAAAUUUUAUUUUUUGGUAUGAAAUAUCAUUGUUCAUUAAGUUUCACUAUUUUUGUAAACGAAAUUAAAAAAUAACAAUAAUAAAAAAUGAAAAAGGAAACAUACAUAAAACAAAAAUCUUCUGAUGAAACCAGUAAACAUCUUAAGGAUAAUUAUACAACAAAUAACGACGAUAUAGGUCUUAAGGCUAAAAUGACUCUAAUGAAUGGUGUGACAGUUAUUGUUGGUUCAAUAAUUGGUUCUGGAAUUUUUGUUUCGCCUACGGGAGUGCUUAUGAAUACCGGAAGUGUUAAUAUGGCAUUGAUUGUUUGGGUAAUAUCAGGAUUAUUUUCGAUGGUUGGUGCUUAUUGCUAUGCGGAGCUUGGUACCAUGAUUAAAAAAUCUGGUGCUGAUUAUGCCUACAUCAAAGAAACUUUCGGGCCUUUUAUGGCAUUCAUACGCCUUUGGAUCGAAUGUAUGAUUGUGCGCCCAUGCUCACAAGCAAUCGUUGCAUUAACCUUCAGUGUUUACGUCUUAAAGCCCUUUUUUCCGGAUUGUCAGCCCCCGGAUGAUGCAGCUCGCAUUCUUGCAUUUUGCUGUAUUUGUAUUUUGACAUUCAUCAAUUGUUGGGAUGUGAAGUGGGCAACUGCUGUACAAGACUUAUUCACUUGGGCUAAGCUUUUUGCUUUGUUCAUAAUCAUUGUAACAGGGCUUUACUUUUUAUUUACAGGACACACAGAGUUUUUCACUUUUGAUAAUACAAAACAUGAAAUAACAUCAUUGGCACUAUCUUUUUAUUCUGGUUUGUUCGCAUUCAAUGGAUGGAACUACCUUAAUUUUAUAAUUGAAGAGCUACAAGAUCCCGUGAGAAAUCUGCCUCGCGCUAUAUAUAUAUCAUGUACACUAGUUACCGUUGUGUAUUUUUUCACAAACGUUGCUUUUUAUACUAUUUUAUCGCCCGAAGAGGUUCUGGGAUCAGAAGCUGUUGCUGUAACCUUCGCCGAUAGGUGUUUCGGUAUGUUUGCAUGGACUAUACCAGUGUUUGUCGCAUUAUCGACCUUUGGAGCGGUCAAUGGAAUAUUAUUGACGUCGUCCCGGCUUUUCUAUGCUGGUGCAUGUGAAGGACAAAUGCCUGAAAUUCUAACCAUGAUACAAAUACAACGCUUAACGCCAACCCCGGCUGUAUUAAUUAUGGCAUUAUUAUCUAUGCUAUAUUUGAUGUCGUCAAACAUAUUUGCAUUGAUAAACUAUGUUGGAUUUGCCACGUGGUUGAGCAUUGGUGCAGCUGUUCUAUGUUUACCUUGGUUACGGUGGAAACAGCCAAAUUUGGAACGGCCAAUUAAGGUCAACCUAAUCUUUCCUGUUUUUUAUCUACUUGCCACUUUAUUUGUUGUAAUCGUACCGAUGCUUGCUUCGCCACGUGAAACAAUGUAUGGAUGUCUUAUGAUUUUGUCAAGCAUUCCAGUUUACGUUAUUUUUAUCGCAUGGAAGAGCAAACCAAAAUGGUUUCACGGUUUGCUUAAUGUCAUAACAGCAUUCUUGCAAAAAACUUUAAUGGUUUUAGGAAAAUCAAACAAACAAAUUUAAGAAAAUAUAAAUAUUUUAACUGUA